AUGCUUUUACGAGGUUUCAAGCUGGAGCCGUUUUUGGCAAGACAGGGGCGGCGGCUUUUUCACAUUUCGCCACAAUGGAGGGCCACGGAGGACUAUAAGACUGUCCUGUUAAAGACGCCAUUGAACCGGGUGCGCAACAUCGGAAUUAUAGCCCACAUCGAUGCCGGUAAGACGACCACUACCGAAAGGAUGCUAUAUUAUAGUGGUGUCACAGGCCGAAUUGGAAAUGUCGACGAGGGAGAUACGGUGACAGACUACAUGACUCAGGAAAAAGAUCGGGGCAUCACAAUACAAUCAGCAGCCGUGACCAUUCCUUGGAACAAGCACAAGAUCAAUCUAAUAGAUACUCCAGGUCACGCUGACUUCACCUUCGAGGUAAUAAGAUCUUUGAGGGUUCUUGAUGGAGCGGUGACCAUCUUGGAUGCUGUGGCAGGUGUUGAGGCUCAAACAGAGAAAGUCUGGAAGCAAGCAAAAGACCUAGCUAUUCCUGUGGUGGCUUACGUGAACAAGAUGGAUAGAGAAGGUGCAGGCUUUGGGCGUACGGUGAAAGAGAUUGUUAGUAGGUUGGGGACUAGAGUAGUGAUUGUGAAUGCCCCCUACUUCAUCAAAGACCAAUCGACGGGACGGAGUAUUUUCGAGGGAAUUAUAGACGUGUUUGACAAAAAGCUGCUUCUAUGGAACGGCCCGGACGGGGCCUCCGAUGGAAGCAAAGUCGAAGUGAUAGACAUUGCUGACGAUUCCAAAUAUUCAGAGGUGUACCAAGAGGUGCUGAAAUGCAGGGAAGCUGCGGUGGAACAAUUGGGUGAGUUUGACGAAGAUGUGAUCAACUCAUUUUUUGAGACGGAAGAUUACAUGAAAGUCCCAAGUUCGACGUUGAAAAAAGCUUUGAGGAAAGCUUGUAUUGCAGGAUAUGCCACUCCCGUGCUUUGUGGCGCAAGCUUCAGAAACAUAGGUGUGCAGCCUUUACUAGAUGCAGUCAACGACUAUCUUCCCUCGCCACUUGAAAUCAGGCCUCCAGAGGUGACCUCCUCUGUUAUCCAGAGCGCAAGGUCAAAAACGCGAAAACAGGCAGCAGAGCAGGACAAAUCGCUUCCAAUCAAGGUCGACCCCAGAGAAGGAUUGGUCAUCAACAAUAAUCACAAUUUGAUGACGGCACUUGCUUUCAAAGUGAUUUCCCACCCUGUUAGAGGAAUUAUGGUAUUUGUGAGAGUCUACAGUGGAAAAUUACAACCGCAUUCCACUAUCUUAAACAGUCGUACCGGAGAAAAGGUGCGUAUCGGCAAACUGCUGCUUAUGAAUGCAGAUAUGCCGCAAGAAGUGAGACAUCUUUCAUGUGGUAGCAUUGGAGUGAUAACGGGAACCGACCAGAUAGUCACGGGAGAUACCUUGAUCUGCCACUCUGUAUCCAAAAACCCCAAUCAAUUAUCUCCGAAAGAGAGAUCUGCACGUCUUCUAUCGAUCAAGGUUCCUCCCCCUGUGUUCUCCGUUUCUAUAGAGCCUGCUUCCGUUUCGGAAAACAGAAAAUUGGAGGCAUGCUUGAAAACUUUGCUGCGAGAGGAUCCAAGCUUGCAUCUGAGUUAUGAUGAAGAAACGGGUCAGAAUAUCCUUUCUGGAAUGGGUGAGCUACAUUUAGAAAUCACCAAAGAUAGAUUGAUAAACGACAUGAAGGUAAAUGCCGAGGUGGGCGAGGUCAGAGUGACGUACAAAGAAACCAUAACUGCUCCGACAGGGUAUUACAUAGGACAUUUGCCGGAAGGCUACGAAAUUGAGCUUUCUUUGGACUCAUUCGAAGGCCCAGUUGAAGAACUGGAUUUACCAGAGGAAGGGGUGUUUUACCUGGAGCAAGACGACAAUGUCGUAAUUAUCGAGCCAGAUGGAAUCCCUAGUGUUGUCAAGAAAGCCCUCAAUGCGGAAAUAUGGUCCUUGCCGGUCUCUUAUGAAACGCUUAUUAAUGGUAUUCUGUCUGGUGUCACGGGUGCGUUGCAAAUGGGUGGUCGGCAUGCCAAGCUUCCAUUGCACUCGAUGAUUGUUCGGGUCCGUAGAUGGAUGAUCCAUCCAGAAGCGAACAACAUAUCUCCUCUUAUCAGCGUUACUAGAACGACAAUUCUGGACGCCCUAGCUUCUCUGGAUGACAAAGCUACAACAUUACUGGAGCCGAUAAUGAAAGUGCUUGUUUACGUUAGUGACGAGGAUUUGGGACCCGUUUCCCAAGACCUCAUGAGUGCAAGGAAUGCAAAAAUCACAGGAAUUGAAGACGAAGCUAGCGCGUCGAGUGCCGAUAUAAUACACUGGGCCAAGGAGCAAGCCGAAAAAACCUAUGUUCCUUACGACCCUACCUUGGUGUACAUGAAGAAAACGCAGGUCUCAGGUAACAAAGUCAUCAAGGCUGAGGCACCACUGAGAGAAAUGAUCGGUUAUUUAACCAAGUUAAGAUCUCUUACCAGAGGCCGCGCUACUUAUGACAUGGAGUUCGUUGGCAUGCAGAAAACACCACCCGACCGACUACGAAAGAUUUUGGAACAGUGA